GUUAUUUUCCCCUGACACAUGAUGCUGCAAGAACCUGGGAGAAAUCCUGAGGAAAUUGCAAAUAGCAACUGUCACCCCACUUCAGGGUGGUCAUGAACAAAUAUCCUUGAAUAAUAACAGAAAACCUUUCUUUUCAGUGAAAUUCCCUGUUUAUGACAACGGCCAGAUUUAUGACCAGGUAUAUAUUGCACUGGGACUCCUGAGGGAUCAGCCAAGUGUUUCUCCAGGGUGAAGAAGAAAGGAACUCUUCAGCUGCCUGUUCUGAGACUCUGCUUCAAGGGGAGCAAGAGCCCUUCACUGAAAUCCUGCCACCAUGCUGGGGCUGCUGCUGCUGCAGGUGUUGGCCAGCUGCCUCUGGCUGGGACACAGCGAGGUGGUGAAGUCCUUUGAAACUUCAUGUCCUCAGUUUUUUUUCCGGGAGAUCCCCCCGAAUGAAGCCCUGGAGCCACAGAAACCAGCCUGGAUCUGCCAGCGCUACAAGAACCAGUACUACUUUGCCACCCUGUAUGACAGGAAGAUGCGUAUUCCUGUCUACUCUGCUUACAUCUACCAACCUGGACCAGGCAAAAGACCUAAAACUUGGCUGGUUGAGCCUCAGCUGAUUGGCCCAACUUAUCCCAAAAGUAUGGAAAAAGAGUGGACACUCUUAAAUCAAUACAAUGUCACCUUAGAGAAACUCAGCCAGAGCCAGGCUAUCCUUCAUGACUACAAGAACCUGACGGGUUUGAACCGGGGCCAUUUGAACCCCAAUGGCCACCACGAUGACUACAGCAGCAGGGUGGCCACCUUCACCCUCACCAACAUAGUGCCCCAGGAUGAGAAACUCAACGGCGGCGCCUGGAACAACUACGAGCAGCAAACGAUGAUCAGGAGGACCCAGGACUGCAAAACCACCUAUGUCAUCGUGGGUGCUGUGCCUGGGAACAACUACAUUGCCAAGGGGAGGGUUAAUAAACCCAGCCACCUCUGGUCAGCUGCCUGCUGCGUGGUGGACAACAACUACAUAAAGGCUUGGGCGGUCAUCGCUGAGAAUGACAGGAACCAGGUUCAGCUCCUCACACUGGGAGAGCUGGAGGACACAUUAACUGAGCUCUAUGGGAGGGGACAGGUUUCUCUGUUUGACAGUGACUGUCCCCGAGAAUAAGCCUCACAUCCUGACUGGAACAGGCUCAGGAGCUUUUGCCAUAUGUCAUAGAACCACAGAAAAGUUUCGGUUUCAAGGAAUUUCAAUGACCGUCCCUGCUCCUGAGCCAUGAGCAGGGACACCUUCCACUAUCCUUGGUGGCUCCAAGCCCUGUCCCGUGCUAGUAAGUUUCUUUGUUAUGAAAUUGUCGUGUUAUAAGUUCAAAUUUGUUUGUUUCAGUUGUACCCCAUACAUAUUGGUUUGUUCCUGAGCAAUGUCCACCCAUUCCCCUGUCCAUCUACCUAAAGACCAACCCCUUAUUUCAGAAUCUUCCCUGCCACUCAGGGAGACCCUGCCCUCAUCCUUUGUCCUUCACAGAAACCCUAUCUUUGUUUCCAGAAACUUCUAUGUCCAUCCUGGAUCCCUGGAAUACCUAUUGCUCUGCUUGGCCUGCUCUCCUCCCCUGUUGUGUCCCACUGGAUGUCAUGAUGUGUAUCCCGCCUUGUGCCCCCCCAGCUGUCUCACCAUUGGUCCAAGUUUGUAUCCUCCCCAUGUUCCCUCCCCCAUACUUAAGAUGCUGUUACCCUGUUGGAACUGUCACUUGUUCCUGGAUCCUGUCAGAUUAAAGCUUUUUGAGAACCUAUACAA